AUGAAGUCGGCUGCCUUCGCUUUCACCUUGGUUGCGGCUGUUGCUGCUCAGGACCUUGCCGCCCUCGCUCAGUGCGGUCAAACCUGUGCCGGUAACAUGAUUGCUGCAGGAAAGGCCCAGGAGCUUGGCUGCAAGGAGGGCGACGUCAAGUGCCUCUGCAGCAACCCCAACUUCGCCUACGGUCUCCGUGACUGCUCUCGCGCCAUCUGCAGCCAACAAGAUGUCGAAAAAGUCGUCGAGUACGGUGUGAAGUACUGCGAGGGUGCCGGUGUCGUGAUUACUGGGGGAUCUGGCGGUCCUAGCCAGACUGGCAGCAACGGUGAAGCCACUCAAACUGGUUCUAACGGUGCUGGCGCCUCUCACACUGGUUCCAACAGUGGUGAGGCCUCUCAUAGUGCUACUGGCGGUGGUGAGGCCACUCAAUCCGGCGAGAGUGGCAGUGGUGCCCAAGUCACUACCCUCUACAGCACUGAAACCGGCACUGAUGGCAAGGUCAUCACUACCCCAGUUGCCACUUCCACCAUUGAGGGCGGCAACAGCGGAAACGGUGACGCUAGCGGCUCUGUCCUCACUUACACUACCAACGGUUCUCAGGUUGUCACUACUCUCGCCACCGCGGUGAGCAGCCCUACUGGCACUGAGAGCUCUGGUGCCACCGAAACUGGCUCCGGCUCUGAGUCCUCAACUGGCGGUUCCGGCUCCGAGUCUUCGACUGGUGGCUCUGGCUCUGAGUCCACUUCGGAAGGCAAUGGCGGUGCUUCCCAAACCUCUGAGGGCGGCGCUGGCUCCCAGACCACCAGCAACGGUGGUGCUGCUACCUCCACCAGCAAGGGUCUUGCUGCCCAGAUCACUGCUGCUCCUGGCAUCCUCGCCGCUGCUGGCCUUGCCGCUCUCCUCAUCUAA